GAGACAGGCCUAUGUCAAGGCUCUGUGGUAAACAGUCAGAUAGAAAAUCGGAAAUUUGUGACUGUAGAAUGCAAUUUCUUCCCGCGUCCGUCACCAGUUACAGAUGAACAGACUCCACAAUCCAGGUCUGAACCUGGGCAGGAGGAACAUCAUGAUGACAGUGAAAGACACAGAGAUCACCAUGAAGAGGACGGACACCAUCAUCAGCAUUCCCGUCCGCACCAUCACAAACAUGGACAUAAGCAUGAACACCAGGAGCCACACCAUCCUCACUCCUCAGAUGACAUCACUGAGACACUACCAGAGCAGAAGGAAACAGUAGGGCGGGUGAUAGUCUAUCCUUCUUCAAGGAAGCAUGUCUCGCUCCACUACUUACCAGAAGCGCAGGAGCCAAAUCCAACCUCUAACCCCAAUCUUUCUUCUCUGGAACAGGAAGCCAGUACUCACUCAGCCAAGCCAGCCAGGCCAGCCCUGCCUCCCUUCCCCAGUGGGUUUUCAGAACCAGCUAAGUGUCCAGGAGACCUUCUAAUAGAGAUCCAUGAACUUCAGCUGCCUUUAACCCCACAGGCCGCAACUUCCCAAACACUGAAAGCUUAAUUCAGAGAAAACACAACAAAACUCUCCCCCCAUGCAGGGGAAGGAAGGAAGGACGGACGGCUGGUUCUGCAGCUCUUUCAUUACAAAAAACAACUGGCCAUUUGGAUGUAGACAGUAUUGAUGUAUGUGGGUAUACCAGAAAAUCUCUCUGGUACCAAAGUUAACAACUAAACAAAUCUUGGCAGUUGAGCUCUCUUUUCCUGUGUUUUUUUGGUCCAAAUUAGGCAUAGCAAUGGCAGCCCAAUUGUUAUUCAUGUAUUCUCCUAUAUUUCCAUAAUUAUGGAAUUGAGAGAGAGUUCAGAAUCAAUAUUUCCAUUCGUAUCAGGACUCACACCAGAAUUGAAAUUCUUCCUCAAAACCCGUUGCACUUUGGGUCUUCCCCAUAGCAAGGAUUUUAAUUUUUUCCGUAAAAAGUGAUGAUAGAAGAGAAUCAGUGGUAGCACAUGUUGCAGUUGGCGUAGCCAAUACGGCUUUUCAAACAUUCCUGCAAAAUAUUAAAAGCCCCUUUUGCAACAUUUUGUGCAUUUAAGAGGGAACACUUAGGAAGUUCAACAAAUUAUGUGGCAUUUAUAGAACUUUAUUACCAACAAAAGACAAUCUUCUGAAGUGUCUAAACAUCAUGAUAACAAGAACCAACCUUCCUUCCUUCCUUCCUUCCUUCCUUCCUUCCU